CCAGCAGUCCAACAUUAACAACGAAUUACGAGUAGUGCUGUAGCAGCGUCUCCUUUUUUUCGGUUCGUGCCAAGUUUACUACAUUUAGUCUCAGUUGGUGACAUUGCUGAGUAUUCGUUCGUUACCAUGUCGGCACUUCCUCCCAAUCUCGACUUUGCGGCGACCGAGGUCGAAAUUUGCGCAAAAUGGAAACAGGAAAGCACGUUUCAAACCCAGGACAAGCUCAGUUUGGACCGCGGUGAUGAGGAAUUUACGUUUUACGACGGACCUCCGUUCGCCACGGGUCUACCCCAUUACGGCCACAUUCUGGCCGGUACCAUCAAAGACACGGUCACGCGGUACGCCGCCAUGUCGGGCAAGCACGUUUCCCGCCGGGCCGGAUGGGACUGUCACGGACUGCCCGUCGAGUACGAGAUUGACCAAAAACUCAACAUUACCCACCGCGAUCAAGUUUUGGAAAUGGGCAUUGACAAGUACAACGCCACGUGCCGAUCAAUCGUCACGCGAUACACGGCGGAAUGGGAAAGUACCGUCACCCGACUCGGUCGCUGGAUUGAUUUCGAAAACGAUUACAAGACCAUGGAUCCGUCCUUUAUGGAAAGCGUUUGGUGGGUCUUUCGCCAAUUGUUCGAUAAGAAUCUCGUUUACCAAGGGUACAAGGUCAUGCCCUACUCAACGGCCUGUACAACCCCGCUCAGUAACUUUGAAGCUGGUUUGAACUACAAGGACGUCAAAGAUCCGGCCGUGGUGGUGAGCUUCCCCAUACUGGGCGAACCACAGGAAGUCUCCUUCGUCGCGUGGACCACCACCCCCUGGACCUUGCCGUCCAACUUGGCGCUCUGCGUCAACCCCGCCAUGGAAUACGUACAAAUCCUCGACAAGGCGACCAACCACAGCUUUAUUCUCGCCAAAAGUAGACUGGCGCAACUGUACCCCAUCAUGAACAACAAGAAAAAGUGGAAGCCCGAAAAAGCCGCCGAGUUGUACGAACUCCAAGCGACAAUGCCGGGUACGGCGCUGGUCGGGAAACGCUACCAGCCGCUUUUUGACUUUUUCCAGGGAGAGCCGGGAUCGGAAAACUACUGGCAGGUCGUGUCGGACUCCUACGUGACGGACGAUGCCGGUACCGGCGUGGUCCACCAGGCACCGGCCUUUGGAGAAGACGAUUACCGUGUCUGUCUCGCCCACGGCAUUAUCGCCAAGGGAGGCGAAGUUCCCUGCCCGGUCGAUGCCGACGGCAACUUUGUCGAUCUGAUUGCACCCGUCAAGGGCAUGCACGUCAAGGCUGCCGACGAGAUUCUUAUUCAGCUCGUCAAGGACAGUGGCCGUCUGGUACAGAAGGAUGUCUUGCUGCAUUCGUAUCCCUUUUGUUGGCGUUCGGAUACCCCCUUGAUCUACAAGGCGGUACCCUCGUGGUUCGUCAAGGUGGAAGAGAUCCGCGACCGCAUCGUGGAGAACAACAAGCAAACACACUGGGUGCCCAAAGAGGUUAAGGAAGGACGUUUCCACAACUGGUUGUCCGACGCCCGUGAUUGGGCCGUGUCGCGGAAUCGGUUCUGGGGAACACCCAUACCUAUUUGGGCCAACGACGACCUCUCCGAAGUAGUUUGUAUUGGCAGUGUUGAUGAGUUGGCGGAACUAUCCGGUGUUCGGGUGGAAGAUCUCCACCGCGAAACGGUGGAUCAGAUCACCAUCCCGUCCCAGAAGACCCCGGGCGGCGUCCUGCGUCGCGUCGACGAGGUGUUUGAUUGCUGGUUCGAAUCGGGAUCCAUGCCGUACGCACAGAGCCACUACCCAUUCGAAAAUAAGGAGGGAUGGGAAAAGGGGUUUCCUGCGGAUUUCAUUGCGGAAGGCUUGGAUCAAACGCGAGGUUGGUUCUACACAUUGAUGGUCUUGUCCACGGCUUUGUUCGACAAGCCCGCGUUCAAAAACAAUAUCGUUAAUGGUAUGGUGUUGGCAUCCGACGGCCAGAAAAUGUCCAAGCGCAAAAAGAACUAUCCCGACCCGAACAUUGUAAUCAGCAAAUACGGUGCGGAUGCCCUCCGUAUGUAUCUGGUCAACUCCCCUGUGGUACGUGCUGAGUCGCUCAAGUUCAAGGAAGAAGGCGUCCUGGGAGUCGUCAAGGAGGUCUUUCUUCCGCUCUACAAUGCCUUCCGCUUCUUUUUACAAAAUAUUGAACGGUGGGAACUUGAAGGCAGCAGCAAAUUCGUGCCCGAUCUUGACAAGGUUCGCCAGACGGCGAACCCCACCGAUAUUUGGAUUCAGGCCGAGACUCAGGGUCUUAUUAAAUUCGUUCACGAAGAAAUGGGCGCGUACCGACUGUACACCGUCAUGCCCGCUCUGGUAUCGUUUGGCACACAGUUAACUAACUGGUACGUGCGUUUGAAUCGGGAUCGUCUCAAAGGAGCCGAAGGAGAAGGUCAGGAAGCCGAUAUCGAGGCUGAAACUGGUCUGCAGGUCCUCUACGAUGUACUUCUGAACGUGUCCAUGAUUAUGGCUCCUUUCACCCCGUUUAUUACCGAGUUCUUUUAUCAACAUUUGAGAAAAUUCCAGCCUUCCUAUCUAGACGCUACCAACGGAGGGGGCACCUCGAAUCCGCCGAUGCCUGGAAAGAGUGACUCGGUCCACUUCUUGCGACUUCCUACUUAUGAUGAAACUCGGUUGAACAAACAGGUCGUGGAAGCCAUGGAAGCUUUGCAGAGUGUGGUAGAACAAGGGAGAAACGCUCGGGAAAAACGGAACAUUAAUCUACGCACCCCCAUUAAAACUAUUGUUGCCAUUCUUCGGAAUCCAGCAGAUUACGUUGUUGCUGGCAUCACUGGCCCGCUAAAGCGAUACAUCUUAAGCGAACUUAACGUCUGGGAUUUCAAGGUUGUCCCGGCAGAGGAAGAACAUGAUUGGGUGACUCUAGCUUUAACACCUGAUUUCAAAGUUCUCGGCAAAAAGCUUGGUAGCAAGAUGAAAGCUGUGUCUGCAGCGGUCAAGGGCUUGUCACAUGAACAAGCUGUAAAAUGCCUCGAAGACGGAAAACUCGAGAUUGAAAGAGUCGCAUUGGAUACUGCAACAGAACUCGUUUCAAAACUCACAUUUUCUCGCGAGGGAGAACAUUGGGAAGCCACGGAAAAGCCGGACGGAUCUUUGGUGGUUGCGAUCGACUGCACACAGGAUGAAGCAAUUUUGUCGGCGGGAAGGUCGCGGGAGCUGAUGAAUGCUAUUCAGCAGCUUCGAAAGAAUGCCGGCCUCGAUCUCAAGGAUGUUGUUGAGACUUUCUUUCGUGAAGAGGAAGGUGUGACACUCGUGGAAGAAACGGUAGCUCGUAACGUUCCACUUUUCGAAGCAAAAUUCAAAGGUGCCGUUCCUCUGCCUUACCGUUUUGUGCCCAAGUGGGCGGUGGUCUUAAAGAACGAGACAGUGGACGUGGGAGGGACGAAAGUUGAUGUGUUUAUUUUCAGACCGGCAGUAGCUGUUAAGGAAUCUCUGGGUCCUUCAGUUGAGAGCGUGCUCUCAACACUGGAGCCCUCUAGUCUGCCGAAAGGUGGAAAGUUUAGCUUUUCCCUCGACGGAGUCUCAACAACGUUGACCGAAGGAACUGACUUCUGGCUGUCUACAACGGAUAAGGUCCGAUAUACCAAAGUCUUGGCUUGGUUGAAAGUAUCAUAGUCGUCUCUAAGCUUAGCAAUAGUACUUUUGAGUUAUACAAGUUGGCGGCUUUUCACGUAUCGCCAGAGCUAACAGUGGAAUAAAAGCGCUUGACUGACUCACUAAGCCGUCGCAGACUCUCGGCAUUCCCUUCUCUUUCCCUCAGUAACCGAUCGAUUGCCUCGGCCCUACGAUUCUCUGAUCGUUCUAGAGCAACAGCGAGCGACAUGACGUGUGACCGAAGACUACCAACGUCAUUGGAGUGGCCUUGUGAGUUUGAUGCUUCCAACGAUUCUGCAGCGCCAUUUCGCUGGGCCACCUUUGUUUGCCUCAAGUGCUUGUUCAGAUGAUCAACUUCUUCUUCCUUGGUUACCAGGCGCGCUCUGGUUGACUCGAGAGCACUCUCAAGUGACUCAACCUGAUGCCUCAGGUUCUCCAUUUCGGACUCGUGUAUAGAGCCUUCGAAUUCGCGCAGGUGCAACGAUUCAGCUGUUGCAAGAGAUUCCAAAUGCGUCUGUUGAAAAAUCUCUAGCUUGGCCUGGCUGGCUUGGAGCUCAAACUCAAGGCUGGACACAUUUUCCUUGUAGGACUCAAUCUUUUGCUCCGUUACGGAACGCUCCAGAAGCAGAUCGUUCAACCUCUGUUCGUAGCCCUCAACUGUUGCUGAUAAUUCAAGCGGUAAUGUCGAUUCAAUACCAUGUUCAGAGGGCUGCUCAAUUGCUCUAUUUGAGGCUUUGGCGGUGUCGAGUUGCUCACGUGACAACUCAAGUUCUUUUCUGGUGUUUUGAAGCAUCUCUUCCAAUUCCUCUACACGCUUAUAGUGCUCGAUACAUGCACGCUCUCUGGUCAAAAGUUUCUGUUUUACACCUUCAAAUUCACUGGUGAAAGAUGCUCUGUCAGUAUCAAACUGCACUCCCAGCUCGUGAAGUUCUUCGUUCUUUGAGAUCAAUUCUUGAUAUACUCUCUGAUAUUCUUCAUCUUGUUGAGUAGAGCGAAUUCGAAGUUCCUCAGCUUCCUUUCGGUUUUGAACGAAAUCUUUUAGUUGUUCCUUAAGACUUACAAUUUCGGAAGACUGAGCCAUUGUCGCGUUCCGGAGCUCAUUGCAUUCAGUCUGAAGCUGCGUACUAGAAGAAGAUUUCUCCUGACCAGAGUAAGACGCAAUCAAGUCUUCGUGUGCCACCUCAAGCUCCCGAAUUCGGGACACUAACUCUCUGCGCUCUUCACCGGCCUCCGCUAUACUGAUUUCCAAGAAAUCCCGCGCUCUCGACAACUCAACAUUACUUUUCAGCAGCUCUUGGUGCUUUUCCUGCAUUGUAACCAUUUUUGAUGAUACCACAUUGUCCGAUCCUUUGAGAAUCUCAAUUUCCUCUUGUAGCAGUUGCACUUGUUCGUCGCCCUCAUCCAGCUUCUCCUUCAACAACCCAAACUGCACAAGCAUCUCUUCGUUCUCUUCAGCAAGAAGGUCCCGUUCUUUGCUGACUUCUUUCAAAUUCGAUUGAUUAACUUGGAGCUCAUGCUCGAUAGAGUUCAAUGCCCCUAGCUUAUCCGAAAGUAAACUGUUCUUUUCUUGAAGACGCUCCAGAUCCUGCGACAAGCGAUUUGACGUUUCCAAGGCUUGCCCUUCGGCUUCCAGAAUUGCAGCUUUGGAUCGAUCUUCGACUUUUUGAAGUUCACUCGACAAUGUGACGUUAUGUUGAUCCAAGGCAUCACACUUCAGCCGAAGGCUGGACAAUUCCUUAUUUUGUCGAGACAUCGCUUCCUCCCAUUGCCUCUUUGAAUCUUCGAAAAAUAUCUUUGCCUCGAUCGCCGCUCUCUUCAUGUCCUCCUUUUCCGAAUUAAGAGCUUCUUUCUGGCUGACGGCGUUCUGGGCAAGAUUCUGCGCUUUCGCAAGCUCGGCUUUCACCUUGCUGAUCGUUUUGGCAUCGCGCAAACUCUGGGCAGAAUCUUCCAAAAGCUGCCGCUCGGCAUUCGACAACUUCAACAAUGCUUCUUGAAGAGAGUGCUCAGAUUCUUCUAGCUUGGUAGCAAGCGUCGUUAGCUCGUUGUGUAGCUGCUGAUUUUUAUGAGUGGCUUCAGCUGUUUCAGCCUUUUGAGCAGCUGCCAUGGUGUUCAUAUUUUCGAUCUGAGAUUCCAAAGACGCCGAGAGUGCUUGAGAUGCAAGUAGUUCUUUGCUGUAAUCCUCUUUCUCCUGGCGAAGAAUUUCAAUUGCAUUCAAUUUUUCAACUACAGCGACCUUCUCUGCCGCCAGCGCCUCCUUCGCGCGCUCGACCUCGAUCUUUAGGGCCUCUGUUUCAUGACUUUUUCUCUCAUCUGAGUCUUCCUUCUCCAAUCCACAAGUAUCAACCAAACCUUGCAGAGAAGCUAGAGCUUCCUUGCUUUCAAUGAGUGACUCCUGAAGUAAGUCUCUCUCUCUUGCCACAGAUAGAAGCUCGCUAGCCAACGAGUCAGACUCAUUCGCCAGAGAGCGAUAUCGGGAGAGGUCCGCCAGAGCUGUACGCUUUUCGUCGGACAAACCAGUUA